AUGUCAUCACAACAGCACACAGGACAAAUUUACACCAUUUGCCAAUCAAGAUCCAUUUCUCGCAACAAGAAGAAGGCACUCAUUAUACACGGUGCUGAACCCGAUCAUUUCUUUCAAUGUGCUUGCGAGAAAUUUGCUGGAUUUGUUCGAGAUCCACAAGUAUUCGUGUGGCCUCCAAAGAAUUUAACGUUUCAGCCACACCGACCCGAUGAUGAUUUUGCUUUUUUGAGUGGUGUCGAUUUGGUGUAUCAUUUGGAUCUCCAUCCGCAAGUGCAUGCCGAAUGUUUGAGGACACAAUAUUCAUUGAUUGUUUUCCCACUCUAUGCUGGCUGUUCCAUUCCAUUGACUCAACAGCAAACUUUUUCAAAAGUAAUGGAUCUGAUCCGAGAUUUGAUUGUGCAAAAACAUGUUGCAGUAUUGUUUUUGAGAGGAAGUGCAAAUAGUGUACCGCAUCGUCUUGGUUACAUUUGUAAUGGAGGAGAAGAUGGCUUUGUUGGAUACACCACACAAAAAGAACUUGAAUUGGAUAUGAAUGAAUUGAGUGAGUUGGCAAUGAGGAGUCGAGUAUUGAGCGAGUUUCAAAAUUCAAAAUUGUUUUUGGAUAGUAUUAAGCAAAUGCAUCAAAUUAACAACAUUGGUACAAUUCCAAACACAUCGUUCAUUUGUGGAAUACCGAGGGCGCAUUUGAAGAAUAGCUCGGAAUGGCAUUUGGUUAUUGGUACAGCUCUAAUGCAUCCAAAUGAGGCGAGAGAGUGUCUACUCAUUCACAGGGAGUAUCGAUGCUUUUUCACUCCAUGGUAUGGUAUGCCAACGCCUGACGAGCUAUCUCACCACAUUGUUAAAUAUUUUUGUAAGUUCAUGGUCGAGGAAUAUUUUGUGAAAACUGGUGACGGUUUUCAAGCCAAGCUUAAAAGCACAUAUCAAAAUCAGCAAGUAACAGACUUGAUCAUUAUUUGUUAG